AUGGGACGAAGAGUGCGAAGUAGCUUUCCAGAAUCUAAAAGACCUACCUUACUUCACCUCCCCUUCUCUCAAAGCCAGUUCCUGGUGAAGACUUGUUCGUGUACCUGGCAGUGUCCAACUCGGCCGUCAGCUCAGCUCUCAUCCGAGAAGAACUUUGGGGCCCAACAUCCGAUAUUCUACACGUCAAAAGCUCUCCUCGAUGCAGAGACUCGCUACCCGAAAUUGGAGAAGCUCAUUUUGGCCCUUGUGGUUUCUGCGAGAAAGCUGCGACCUUAUUACCAAACUCACCGAGUCAUCGUCAUGACCGACUUUCCUUUGAGAUCAAUCCUCCACAGCCCUGAUGCUUCUCAGCGACUCAUGAAGUGGGCUAUAGAGCUAAGCCAAUACGACCUCCUCUACCGGCCGAAGACUGCAAUAAAAGCUCAAGCCCUAGCAGACUUUGUUGCAGAAUUCACACCAUCAGCCGAAGAAGAGAAGCUGGUCAGCAAAAAGAAGGAAAGUUCGAGAGCAGACAAGACCUCUACUGAACCUGACCAACCCAGAGACAUGUGGCAGUUGCGCGUAGACGGAGCGUCGAACCAGAAAGGAGCUGGAGCAGGCGUCGUCAUCAUCACCCCAGAUGGAACCCUGCUAGAGCAAGCUAUCACGCUUGGCUUCCAGCUUCAAACAACGAGGCAGAGUACGAGGCAUUGCUCGCUGGCUUGCGCUUGGCAAAGGAGCUAUCAAUCAAAAAGCUGGCCAUCUACUCAGAUUCCCAGCUGA